UAUUUAUCAUGGCGGCAAGGCGCUUGUUUCAAAACAGCUGAAAAAUCGUCCAAAUUUCGGUCUUCAUCUUCUAAAAAGGAAAAAGGAAAUACGAUGAACAAUGUGGACAGGCUAGAAGUUCAUCCUCGAAUUAUUGCAGCCCUCAAGAAGGGUAAGAGAUACGUGAAUACGUGGAUACGCAGUCACUACGUAUGCACGUAUCCGCGUAUCCACGUAUCCACUUAGUAAAUAGUCACUGCGUAUCCGUGUAUCCACUUAGAAACACACUUAAGACAGCGUAUAAAGCUUAUAGCAAGCUUAUGUCUAUUUGUUGUUCUUAAAGCCACUGAAGGUAGAAAAGCGCAUAAAAGGGAUAACUGCGUAUCCACGUAUCCAGCUCUUUCAGGGAUACAGCUUCAAAGUGGCAGGGUAUUCUGCAGUUAAGAGCAAUCGAUCGAUGGAAAGUUUUCUGUGCUUCUCAGUGAAAAUUCAUGAUCAUUCACUAUGUUUACACUAUAAGAAAGAAGCUUUCGUCAUAGUGGAGCUGCACUUGUGAAACAGCCGUGGGGUAACAGCUUGCCUUUGGUGGGAUGAUUACCCAAGGGCAGCCCCGGGCUUUUCACCCGCGUUCGAAGAGUGGGUGGGGGGUAUUUGCCCUCUUCCUACAUCCUAAGCACCUUAAGUGGCCUCAAUCCCCUGAGAAUUUGCCAUGUGGAAAAAGGCUUAAGUAAGUAAGCCCAGGAGGCAAGAUGGGUGCAGCUGACCAAUGCAAUAAUUUUUGUUGCCCAGCCAAUUUGCUAGAAUAGAAUUAUCAUUAUUUUAAUCUGGAAUAUAUCUAUAUUUUUUCAAGCAAAGUUGACAAGUCUUGCCACCCUCCUCUGCAUGUCAGCAGCUGAUCUUGAGAGAGCCACAAAGCUAUCUUUCUUUGACAUCGCCAUUCUUCUUAAAGCUGUUUCAUAUUCUCUCCCAUGUCCACCUAUGAGAACUGCCCUGUCACUUUACAACAUUCAGGCCAAAGGCGAGGGGUCACCUUGGGGACACAAGUUGUCUCUAGGAUGCCAGAUACUUGAUGAAUUUCUUCAUGGGGGCAUCCUGAAGCAGGGCAUCACAGAGGUGACAGGAGAGAGCUCCUGUGGAAAAACACAGAUCUGCUUGCAGUUGUGCCUGACAGUCCAGUUACCUGAGGAAAAAGGAGGGCUUGAAGGAGGUAUUUAUUAUAAUAAAAUAUUAUUAUUAGUAAUAACCAAAGGUUAAUGUAAGUUUGACGUGAUAGAUGGUCAAACAGCGUGCAAAGACAGUUGUGUUUGAUAACCCUGGGCUAGUAGAUUUUGCUAUCAGGCUAGUGAUUUUUGUUCGUAACUUGCCUGACAGGCAAGUGCUAUUUUUUGGGGAAAUUCAAAUUACUGAAGGAUUGUCAUCAAUCCUACUAAUCAAAAAGGGUUUGGGGCUAGUUGAAAUGACUUGAGGGCUAGUACAUUCCAGCUACAGCUUGCCUGAAUGGCAGGCUGUAAAACUGACUUGCUUUGCACCCUGUCAAAUCACAUGUGAUCAUAUUACUGGUGACAGAAGGUCCAAAUUUGCACGAUCAGAUUGUGUUCUGUGCAUUCCAGUCAUUCUUAGAGGGCCUCUUAGGGAGGGUACAUAUUUCUCUAACCUCAAUUUCAAAUAUGAUCAUUUCACACUUUGCGGAGUAGGCUAUGUCCUUGUCGGUAUUUAACCCAUGUUCAUGCUGUCUGUUGGCAUUUUAUCUAGUCUUCUGUCACUGUUUCAGGGCCGUGUCACCUGUGGGAAUUUUUACCCUAACAGGACCUCUUCCUAGAGGGAGUCCAAAUGAAACUGGCUACAAACAUGACGUGCAUGCGUAAUAGUAACCUGGAGAUUAGGAUUGUGGGCUCUUCUUGUUACCCACAUUGAACCUUUAGUAGCAGUCAACUUCCAUUUCUUAUAAUUAUAUCGCUGUUAAUCAAACAUUGAGCUCAUGAUUAAAUGAAUGUUCAUGAUCAUUUAUAAAAGACAAAAUGUCCCCAUCCUCAAUACCUUAUGUUAUUUAACUGUAAAGAAAAGAAAUGUAAUUUAAUUUUAAAAGUAAAAAAUCAAUGGUCUUAGGUGUUUCUAGCUGAUAUGGCCUAGUUUUAUAGUCCUCUGAUUGAAUUGUUUUAAUUUAUAAAAGGUUCUCACUGAAGCUUGCACUUCCCCCAUAUAGGGGCAGUUUAUAUCUCAACUGAGGAUGUUUUUCCAAGUAAACGACUCCAUCAGCUUACACAGUGUUUUGCCAAAAAUCAAGCAUCACAUCCUUCAGCUGUUAAAAUCAACUUUAGUGACAAUGUUUUUAUUGAACAUGCAGCUGAUGUGGUAAGUCCCAAAAUCAAUCAAUCGAACAUCAUGGCUUUAGAGAUAUACUUGCUGAGCUGCAACUGUUUUCAGAAUGUUACUUGCAGGGUAUAGAAUGGAAUGUUAGAGACUUUGCCAGACUGGUUUCAAAAUUUGAGACUGAGUCUUUAAAAAAAUUUAAUACUCCGAAACACAAAAUCACCUGACAACGAGACUUCAAGACCUACCUCAAAUGCUUCCAACUUUUGAGAUCGGGUCAAAAUUUUCCAAGAACCACACUUUUACUAUGAAUGUAUUAUUAUGUAUAAACUGUGCUAUUGAGCCUUUGAGGAUAGUGGUGGUGGUGGUAAUGGUGGGGGAGGGGGGGGAGGGGUAAUGAAGGUAUAUUUGCUUGGAGUGUGCAGUUUAAGACACAACCCUUUCAAUUGGCUACCCAGUUAUUACAAAAAGACCUUAAUAUGUUUAUAUGCGGCUCAAGACACUAGAAAGUGAAAAAUUGUAUGCCCUGUGUAAUUGAGACUGUAUAAUUUUAAAAGACUCAAGGCCCUGACAACCACACCCUUUUUGGCAGCAGUUAACUUGUUGAUCCAAAUAGCGGGUGCCCCUCCUUGCAGGACUGAGCCUCCUGUAAUUUAGUAAUCAGUUAAGCCCUUCCAAUCCCCACAAAACCACAAAAGACAUGGUGAUGCCAUUCAGGUUAGAUUCACAUAAAUUGCAUCUUGAUCUGAUCUUCUCAAACUCAUUAAUAAUUCAUAAAGAAAAUACUUAGGAAAUUAAUGUUAAAUCAGUGUAUGAAAAUCAGAUGAAAAACUGCUUAUUUUUGCAUCCUUAAAUUCUCCUUCAAAAAACAUGUUGUUUGAGAAGUAAUAUCAAGCAUUCAACACAGCGUUUCAUAACCUGAUGAAACACCUCAAAGUUCCUCAAAAAUACUCCCCAGUGCAUCCUAUUUUCAACUCUCUUCUCAGCAUUUCAUCUGGUGAUGAAACACUGCAUCUCACGCUUGAUAUAUUGCUUCCUGAAGGCUUGAAAUUGGAUAAGCCCUUUGUGGUUAAGUAACAAUUAAUUACAGCAUAUUUCUUAAUAAUACAGGAUGACUUGAGGAACAUCAUUAACCAUCGCCUACCGGUGCUGCUUAAUAGGGGAGCUAUCAAGCUUGUUGUCAUUGAUUCCAUUGCCGCUCUUUGCCGUGUGGAAUAUUCAUUUGGUGAAACUUCAAAGCGAGCAAAUGUUCUUAGGUCAUUUGGAGCACAGCUUCACAAGCUUAGUGCGCAGUAUGCUAUUCCUGUGGUGUGUGUAAACCAGGUAUGUUGGUAGACCUGUGGUUUACUUAUUUCUUUCCUCACCUUGUUGGCAUUAGCAUUUUAAACAAAACUAUCAUAAACACAACAAGACGCUGUGGGAGCGUAUAUUUGGGAAUCGAUGUACUUGGCGUGUGUGAAGUUUUUUAUGUGAAUGAGGAAUGUGUGAGUAGUGCACUGCAGCAGUUGGUUGGGAUGCGUGGAAUGGAAGGCGAGACUCAGUACUGGAGUUAUAUUGGACGUGAAUUAGUAAGAUAAUGCCUGUAGUUUGUUAAUCAGAGAAACUUGUUUCUCGCGGAAUUUAAUGUGAAGUAACAAAAAAUAAUUAAUAUGGGAGGUAAAAGUGAUUUUAGUUGUAGCAGUGAGGUAGUUGUGAAGUGAUAAUUUGGUUAUGAAGGGAUAGUGUAGUUACAGUACGUUGAAAGAAAGUGGUGGUUAUGAAAAGUCUUAUCAGUAGUCGAAAACAUACUAGUACUUAUUUUAAACGUUGUUAGGCUCGCUUAUUAGCAUCGUUUCUAAUCGGUAGAUAACUAGAUCUGUGAAUCAAUAAAUCGCUAGAUCGGUGGAUCGCCAGAUCGGGGGAUCUGUAGCUCGAUGGAUUGGUAGAUCGUUAGAUAUGUGGAUCUGUAGAUCGGUAGAUCAGUGGAUCUGUAGAUCGAUGGAUCGGUAGAUCGUUAGGUCGGUGGAUCACUAGAUCGCUAGAUCGGUGGAUCAGUGGAUCGCUAGAUCGUUGGAUCUGGAGAUCGAUGGAUCGGCAGAUCGGUAGAUCGGUGGAUCGGUAGAUCGCUGGGUCGGUGAAUCGCUAGAUCGAUGGAUCGGUAGAUCGACGAAUCGGUGGAUCGCUAGAUCGGGGGAUCUGAAGCUGAAUAGAUCGGUAAAUCGCCAGAUCGGUGAAUCGGUAGAUUCAUGGCUCGGUAAGUGAAUCGCUGGGUCGGUAGAUCGGUGGAUCUGUAGAUCGCUAGGAGAGUGGAUCUGUAGAUCGGUGAACCGGUUGAUGGCUAUAUCGGUUGGGGUCAUGUAGAUCGGAUCUCUACAUCGGCAGAUCGCUAGAUCGCGUGAUCUGUCGCUCGAUGGAUCGGUAGAUCGCUGGAUCGCUGGAUCGCUAGAUCGGUGGAUCUGUAGAUCGAUGAAUUAGUAGAUCGUUUGAUCGGUGGAUCUGUAGAUCGAUGGAUCGCCAGAUCGCAAGACCUGUGGAUCGGGAGAUCGUUAGGUCGGUGGAUCGGAAAAUGCUAGAUUGAUGAAUCGCUAGCUCGGUGGAUCGAUAGAUCGAUGGAUCGGUAGAUGGCUAGCUCAGUGGAUAAGUGGAUCUGUAGAUGGAUGAAUCGGUAGAUGAGUAGAUCGCUAGAUCCAUGGAUUGGUAGAUCGGUGGAUCGCUAGUUCUGUGGAUCUGUAGAUCGCUAGAUUGGUGAAUCGCUAAAUCUGUGAAUCUGUAGAUCGAUAGAUAGACAGAUCGCUAGAUCGAUGGAUCGGUAGAUCGCUAGAUGGAUGGAUCGGUAGAUCGAUUGAUCGCUAGAUGGAUGGAUCGGUAAAUCAGUAGAUCUCUGGGUGGGGGGAUCGUUAGAUCGGUUGAUCGAUAGAUAGAUGGAUCGGUAGAUCAAUGGAUCGCUAGAUCGCUAGAUGGAUGGAUCGGUAGAUCGCUAGAUCUCUGGAUGGGGGAAUCGUUAGAUCGGUGGAUCGAUAGAUUGCUAGAUCGGUGGAUGGGUAGAUUGCUAGAUCGGUGGAUCAGUGGAUCGGGGGAUCUGUAGAUCGAUGGAUCGGUUGAUCAAUGGAUCGCUAGAUCUUUGGAUGGGGGAUCGUUAGAUCGGUGGAUCGCUAGAUCGGUUGAUCGGUUGAUCUGUAGAUCGCAAGAUGGGUGGAUCUGUAGAUCUUUAGAUCGGUGGAUCGAUUGAUCGCUAUAUCGGUUAGGGUUAUGUAGAUGGAUAGAUCGGUAGAUCACUAGAUCGGUGGAUCGGUAGAUCGGUGGGCCUGUAGAUCGGCACAUCGUUAGAUCGGGGGAUCUGUAGCUCGAUGGAUUUGUAGAUUGCUAGAUCGGUGGAUCUGUAGAUCGAUGAAUUGCUAGAUCGUUUGAUCAGUGAAUCAGUAGAUCUGUAGAUCGCUAGAUUAGUGAAUCGCUAGAUCGGUGCAUCGCUAGGUCGAUGGAUCGGCAGAUCGAUAGAUCGGUAGAUUGCUAGAUCGGUGGAUCAGUGGAUCUGUAGAUGGAUGUAUCGGUAGAUCGGUGGAUCGCUAGAUCCAUGGAUCGGUAGAUCGCUAGUUCUUUGGAUCUGUAGAUCGCUAGAUCGGUAUAUCGCUGGAUUGGUGGAUCGUUAGAUCGGUGGAUCUGUAGAUCGAUGGAUCGGCAGAUCGCUAGAUGAAUGGAUCGGUAGAUCGAUUGAUCGCUAGAUGGAUGGAUCGGUAAAUCGUUAGAUCUCUGGAUGGGGGGAUCGUUAGAUCGGUGGAUCGAUAGAUCGAUGGAUCGGUAGAUUGCUAGAUUAGUGGAUCAGUGGAUCGCUAGAUCCGUGGAUCUGUAGAUCGAUGGAUCGGCAGAUCACUAGAUCGCUAGAUGGAUGAAUCGGUGGAUCGGUUGAUCUGUAGAUCCGUUUAUCGCUUAAUCGGUUAGGGCUAUGGAGAUCAAUAUGAUUGAUCGGUAGAUCACUAGAUCGGCGGAUCGAUAGAUCGGUGGAUCUGUAGAUCGACAGAUCGCUAGAUCGGGGGAUCUGUAGCUCGAUCGAUCGGUAGAUCGCUAAAUAGGUGGAUCGCUGAAUCGCUAGACGGUGGAUCUGUAGAUCGAUGAAUCGAUAGAUCGUUUGAUCAGUAGAUCUGUAGAUCGAUGAAUCGGUAGAUCGUUUGAUGGGUGGAUCAGUGGAUGGGGGGAUCGUUAGAUCAGUGGAUCGGUAGGUCGAUGGAUCGGUAGAUUGCUAGAUCGGUGGAUCAGUAAAUAGAUAGAUCGCUAGAUCGGUGAAUUUGUAGAUCGAUGGAUCAGUAGAUUCCUACAUCGGUGGAUCGCUAGAUCGGUGGAUCUGAGAUCGAUGGAUCGGUAGGUCUGUGGAUCUGUAGAUCGAUGGAUUGGCAGAUCAGUAGAUCGAUGGAUUGGUAGAUCGCUACAUGGAUGGAUCGGUAGGUGGCUAGAUCGAUGGAUCGGUAGAUCUGUAAAUCUCUAAGUGGGGGAUCGUUAGAUCGGUUGAGCAGUAGAUCGGCAGAUCAAUAGAUCAGUGGAUCUGUAGAUCGACAGAUCGCUAGAUCGGGGGAUCUGUAGCUCGAUGGAUCGGUAGAUCGGAUGGGUGGUUCGAUGGAUCGCUAGAUUGAUGGAUCGGUAGAUCGGUUCGUCACUGGAUGGGGGGAUCGUUAGAUCGCUAGAACGGUGGAUCGGUAGAUCGCUAGAUCCGUGGAUCUGUAGGUCGAUGGAUUGGUAGAUCGGUGGAUCUGUUAAUCGAUGGAUCGGCAGAUCGCUAGAUCGAUGGAUCGGUAGAUCGCUGGAUCGCCAGAUCGCUAGAUGGAUGGAUUGGUAGAUUGCUAGAUCUCUUGAUGGGGAAUUGUUAGAUCGCUGGAUCGCUGGAUCGCUAGAUCGGUGGAUCUGUAGAUCGAUCAAUUAGUAGAUCGUUUGAUCGGUGGACCUGUAGAUCGAUGGAUCGCCAGAUCGCAAGAUCUGUGGAUCAGGGAAUCGUUAGGUCGGUGGAUCGGUAGAUGCUAGAUUGAUGAAUCGCUAGCUCGGUGGAUUGCUAGAUCGAUGGAUCGGUAGAUGUCUAGAUCAGUGGAUCAGUGGAUCUGUAGAUGGAUGAAUCGGUAGAUCAGUAGAUCGCUAGAUCCAUGGAUUGGUAGAUCGGUGGAUCGCUAGUUCUGUGGGUCUGUAGAUCGCUAGAUUGGUGGAUCGCUAAAUCUGUGAAUCUGUAGAUCAAAAGAUAGACACAUCGCUAGGUCGGUGGAUCUGUAGAUCGAUAGAUCGGUAAAUCGCUAGAUGGAUGGAUCGGUAGAUCAGUAGAUCGCUAGAUCCAUGGAUUGGUAGAUCGGUCGAUCGCUAGUUCUGUGGAUCUGUAGAUCGCUGGAUGGUGGAUCGCUAAAUCUGUGAAUCUGUAGAUCGAUAGAUAGACAGAUCGCUAGAUCGGUGGAUCUGUAGAUUGAUGGAUCGGUAGAUCGGUACGUCGCUGGAUGGGGGGAUCGUUAGAUCGCUAGAACGGUGGAUCGGUAGAUCGGUGGAUCUGUUGAUCGAUGGAUCGGCAGAUCGCUAGAUCGAUGGAUCGGUAGAUCGCUGGAUCGCCAGAUCGCUAGAUGGAUGGAUUGGUAGAUUGCUAGAUCUCUUGAUGGGGAAUUGUUAGAUCGCUGGAUCGCUGGAUCGCUAGAUCGGUGGAUCUGUAGAUCGAUCAAUUAGUAGAUCGUUUGAUCGGUGGACCUGUGGAUCGGGGAAUCGUUAGGUCGGCGGAUCGGUAGAUGCUAGAUUGAUGAAUCGCUAGCUCGGUGGAUCGCUAGAUCGAUGGAUCGGUAGAUGUCUAGAUCAGUGGAUCAGUGGAUCUGUAGAUGGAUGAAUCGGUAGAUCAGUAGAUUGCUAGAUCCAUGGAUUGGUAGAUCGGUGGAUCGCUAGUUCUGUGGGUCUGUUGAUCGCUAGAUUGGUGGAUCGCUAAAUCUGUGAAUCUGUAGAUCGCUAGAUCCACGAAUUGGUAGAUCGGUGGAUCGCUAGUUCUGUGGAUCUGUAGAUCGCUGGAUGGUGGAUCGCUUAAUCUGUGAAUCUGUAGAUCGAUAGAUAGACAGAUCGCUAGAUCGGUGGAUCUGUAGAUCGAUGGAUCGGUAGAUCGCUAGAUGGAUGGAUCGGUAGAUCGAUUGAUCGCUAGAUGGAUGGAUCGGUAAAUCAGUAGAUCUCUGGGUGGGGGGAUCGUUAGAUCGGUUGAUUGGUAGAUCGGUUGAUCGAUAGAUAGAUGGAUCGGUAGAUCAAUGGAUCUUUUUUUUUUUUUUUUUUAUUUUUAUUUUUGCCUUACAGACAUAUAUUAAAUGUUUACAGUACUAAACACUACUGAAACUAAAUACUACUAACAAUAUUCACUAUACUUGCACUAUUUACAAUAUUGGCUAUACUGACAAUACCAUCCAUACGAUGCUCGUACUACUAAUAAUUACAAUGGUUACACUACUUACAAUUCUAGUACAUCACACACACACACACACCCCCACAUAAACACACACACAAAAAAAAAAAAAAAAAAAAAAGAGGUCAGAGGAGUUACUUUUCAUGUCUAUUUUAUAGCUUUUCAAUUCUGUAUUUAAUUAUCAUUUUACCAACGAAGUCUUGGAGGAGAAUUGGUUUGUUGUGUAGUUUGUUGGCGUAGAUGUAGUAUCUCAUAAACAACAUGGUAUAAUUGAAUUUCCUUACUAGUACCUUUUCAUGUAAGUCCGAGAGGAUGCCGAACAGUCUUUCUUCGCUAGAUGGGUUGAGAUUGAUCUUGUUUUCUAUAUUGAACCAGUUGAUAACCCGUUGAAUGAAAAUCUUGACGAAAUGACAAUCUCUAAAAGUAUGAUUAAUAGAGUCUUUUUCACCACAAUAUAUACAUUCAUCAUCUUCCUUGAUUCCAUAGCGGUAAAGUUCCUUUUUGGUGACUACAAUUCGGUGGAUUAAUUUAUAUUGAAAUUCCUUUAAUUUGGUCUCUCUACAGACGGUUUUUAGGGAGGUGAAUAUUUUUUCCCAUUUAUCUUCAUCCAAGGAAAGAUCUUUGCUCCAUCUCUGUGGCCCAGAAUGACCUGUUGUGUGGAUUUUUGUGCAUAAUAACCUACAGAAGUCGCUAGUCUUGAUUUUGUUCAGAUAUAGAGUUAUCGAUUCAUUUAAUUGUAGACUAAGAUUAUUAUCAGAAUAUAACUCUUUAUUAAUUGGCUUCGUUGAUUUUGCUUUGGCUAAUAGGUGCUUUGGGAUAGCGCUAAUAACUUGAUAGUAUUGAAGGAAGUUAGUUUUACAGGAAUACUUAUUCGUAAAUUCCUGAUAGGUCAUCGGUUGACCGGUAUUGUUUAAGAGAUCUUGUAUUGACAGGAUACCUUUUUUAAACCAUUCCCUGAUAAAAAAGGUUUUACUGUCAACAAGUAUUUCUUUGUUGUUGAAUAGAAUUAUAUUUUGUGCUUGAUCAAAGCUGUACAGAGUUUUUAAUUCACUGAAGUAUACUAGAAUAUUUCGGUAAAACAAUGGAAUAGAUUUUAUGUAUUUCGCAUCAUAGAUACAUCUCAGUAAAAAGUUCAAACCUCCGAAUUUUCUUAGGUAAUAAUCAGGAACUGUUUUCCAAUUCUGGUUCCCUGGAGUCAGUAAUCUUGGAAUCCAGGCUAGUUUUAGAGCUUUAAACAUUAUGUCGAUGUCUACCAUACGUAUUCCGCCUCUUCCCAGAUCCUGAUAGAGCCCAGUUCGUUUAAUUUUAUCCCUUUUGUUUUUCCAUAAGAAACUAAAAAACUUUGUUUUCACUGUGCUUGCGAUAUCUUCGGGAACAUUAAGAAUUGAAGCUGAAUAAAUUAGUUGUGACAAUCCUAGGGACUUAAUUAUCAGUACCUUCCCAAAUAGUGUGAGGUCUCUAGAUCUCCACAUAUCCAGCUUUGUUUGAAGUUUUCGUAUUUUCAGAUUAAAGUUCAAUUCAUUGUUACCCUUCUCAUCAUAAGAGACAUGAAUUCCUAAGAGGCGAGUCGGACUAUGUAACCAUUUUAGUUGUAAAGGAUAACUUUUGUUUUUUUCCCAUUUUCCCAACCAAAUUGCUUUCGAUUUCUUUAUGUUUAACUUGAGACCCGCUAGCCUCCCAAAAUCUCCCACCGUUUUCAAAGCAUUUUCAACGGAGAUCAAAUCUGCACAGAAAAGGUUUGUGUCGUCUGCGAAUUGGCUCAAUUUGAUUUCGUGCCCGAAUAUUUUGAUUCCUGUUAUACUUGGUUCUUGUCUGAUUUUGCUGGAUAAUAUCUCCGUGGAAAGCACAAAUAAGUACGGAGAAAGGGGACACCCCUGUCGAACUCCUCUUGACGGUCUAAACCAGUUGGUCAUGAAACCAUUGUUUAUCGCCGCGCUCUCAUUUUUUGUAUAGAAUGUACUGAUCCAUCUUUUUAUACUUGUUCCGAAAUUGAAGAUAUCCAGUGCUUUCAUCAUGAACGACCAUUCUAGAGAAUCAAAAGCUUUCCGAAAAUCUAGAGAUACUAGAAUGCCAGGUAUGCUUUCUGACUUCGUAUGUUCCAUUAUGUCGAUUAUUAGCCUAAUAUUUUCCCCGAUAUAUCUUCCUUUGAUAAAACCGGUUUGAUCAGUGUGCACUAGAUUUGGUAAUAAUGGUUCUAUUCUCCUUGCUAUUGCCUUAGUUGCUAUCUUGCAAUCAACAUUUAGCAGUGUUACCGGUCUCCAGUUUGAAAGUUCUAGUAGCGAGCCAACUUCUUUGGGAAUUAAAGUAAUAACGCCUCUUCGUUGUGAAAUGGUGAGUUCAUUUGCAUCAUAGGCCGCAUUGAAACUAGCAACAAGAUCGUGUCCUAGCAGAUCGAAAAAAACAUAUAAAAUUCAACCGUGAAACCAUCUUCUCCUGGAGCUUUGUUGUUUUGAAAAGUGUCUAAAGCUUUUUUUUUGCAUUCUUCAUAAGAUAAUGGACCUUCUAUUCUAUCUCUGUCUGCAUCUGAUAGUUUUGGAAUUUUUAAAUGUUCGGUGAAUUCAUCAACAUUAUUUUCCUGUGAAUUAUUUGCUGAUGCGUACAAUUCGCUAUAAUAGUUUUCGAUAGCUUCUAAUAUCUGAGACUCGUUGUUUGUUACUGUUUCACUUUCUGUUCGCAGUUCAGUGAUGGUUUUCCUGUUGUAGUUUCUUUUCUCCAGAUUGAAAAAGUACUUUGUUGGACGUUCGCCCUUUUCGACCCAUCGACAUUUCGAUCUAAAAAUAGCUGCCCUCCCUUUCUCCUCAUAAAUAGAUUGGAGUUCCCUUUUGAGAUCUUCAUAUUCAUUUAGGAUGUGCGCCAUAUUGGGAGAGUUAAAGUUGUCGCAAAUAUUGCGGUCCAGAAUUUCGAGCUGUCUCCUAAUUUCCAAUUCUCUAUUAGUGGUCGCUUUAGCUUUCUUUUUACUAUAAGCAAUGGUUGCCGCUCUGGUUUCCAUUUUUAACAUUUCCCAAAGAAGGCGUGCGUCUGUCAAAUUGGAGUAAAAAGCGCGUGUGCGGGAGUACGUUUCACGGAUUUUGGACACAUAAUGUUCAUCUUUCAGUAACGUGUUGUUGAAUUUCCAAAGUCCGGGUCCUCUAGACUUUUCAGUUGUCCAAGACAAAGAAAUGUAAAUUGCUCGGUGAUCCGGUGCUAUAGAAGGAUAAAUUUCGCUUUUCUUCACAUGUUGUGUCAGAUUUUUGGCAACUAGGAAAAAGUCUAUUCUGGAUUUCAGUUUUAACACUUUUGAUUCAUAAGAGUAUUUACGUAGCCUCGGGUGACGUAAUCUUUGAAUAUCUACGAGAUCGAAAGCGUCCAUAGUUGUCAAAAUCAGGUUUCGAUAAUUUGUUGGUUUCCAAAUUGUGCCACCAAUUUUAUCUAUCUUUGAUAGUGUGCAAUUCCAGUCGCCUCCUACAAUAAGCGUGGAAAUUUCUGACUUGUCGAUAAGGCAAUUGUUUAAGUUUUGUAAGAAAUCUAAUUGUUCACUUUGGCUAUUCGGGGCAUAAAUAUUCACCAGUGAUAAUUUUAGAGAAUUCAGAACACAAGUAAUUAGCACGAUUCUUCCAGCCUUGUCGCUGAAUGAGUAAUCGAUCUUAUUUUGUACCGUAGGGUGUAAAAGAAUGCAAACACCUUUACUAUGCCUGGAUCCGUGAGAGAAAAAUAUUUCACCUCCCCAUUCGUUUUUCCAAAUAAUUUCAUCUUCUGGUUGAGAGUAAGUUUCUUGCAAGAAAUAAAUUUUUGAGUUAUGAUCUUUGAGAUAUAGAAAAAUGCUCCUCCGUUUGGCUUGAUCUCUUAUUCCCCUUACGUUUAGAGAAAGUAUAUCGUAUUUUGCUUUCUCUUGCAUUACAAUAAAAAAACAAACAAAAAAAAAAAAAACAAGAAAAAAUAUAUGCAAAUUUAAAAAAAAAAAAAAAAUACAGAAGCAAACAAAACUAAAAUUAUACAAAACGUAAAUUAAAGUAGUUUUUGAGCGUUUCCCUUCUUCUUCUCCGAACUUUGCGUUUUUUGUUCCUGUCCCAAAUGUAAGUUACAGUUUUUGUCUUCCUUGGCCGAUUGGACAUUUAAAGAUAAUCUAAGUCUUCCAGCUCGUUAAUUCUGACCGGCUUACCCUGCGGAGAGGUCUUGACAUAUAUUGAUCCAUCCAUUGACCAGACACUCAACAAUUCAUCAUUUCUCCGCAUCUCGUUUGCGCGAUUCAUUAUUUUUUUCCUGUACGAGGUAAGAUUCUCGUUUAAAAAAAUUCUGUCGGCUUGCACUAGAGUUGACGAUGAGCACUGCGGGAAGAUGUUAGAAACUCUGACAUUUUUUAGCUUAGCCCUAGCCCUGUAUAGAUUUGUUUUGACCUUGUGGCUUAUAAAUUUUACAAUAAUUGGUUUGUUACCCUUCCUGUUCAGCUUGUGACAUAUUUCGAUAUCCUUUGGUUCCACCGAUACAUCUAGGGCCUCCGCUAAUUUUAACACCACAUCUUCCGUCUCGGUGUAAGCGCAUUCUGGUACACCAUGUAUUUCUAUUGAGUUUUUCCUCGUGUAUUGUUCUAGUUUGUCUUGAAGAUCGUACAAUUCACCAAUUUCUUCUUCCUGCUCUUGAAUUUUCUUUCUUGCUGCCACCAGCUCGCGUUCUACCUCGUUGUACUGCUUCGUUAUAUGUUCUAGAGAUGAUUUCAACGCAGUUAUAUCGUCUGUUUGAUGUUGAAUUGUGCGCUUGAGAUCGGUCAUUUCGCUUCUGAUUGUUUUGUUUUCGCGUAGGAUAGUUGCAGUAUUUAUUUGAAUGUCUAGCAACAUCUCCCUUAGUUCAGCAUUACUGGGCUCACCUUCGGCGUUUAUUGCUUCAUUUGUCGCUUCCACUAACUCCGCGGCCUCUUCCUCUUGACAUUCCGCCAUGUUGGCUCUUUUAAGUGUCGAUGGUUCUUCUUCCUCCACUGAUCCUCGAGCUCCUCGUUUGUGUUUUCCUCCUAAUUUCUGCAUUUAAUACUUCAGCAAGUGUUUAAACGUUGAAUUAUUAUGUCAAGGCGGUAUAAACUUCUCUAAAAUUGGCGUAAAGGGACAGAAACUACGCUCCUCACAAAACGUGCCACCGCACACCGACCCCACGCAUGCUCUCCAGAUCAAUGGAUCGCUAGAUCGCUAGAUGCAUGGAUCGGUAGAUCGCUAGAUCUCUGGAUGGGGGAAUCGUUAGAUCGGUGGAACGAUAGAUUGCUAGAUCGGUGGAUGGGUAGAUUGCUAGAUCGGUGGAUCAGUGGAUCGGGGGAUCUGUAGAUCGAUGGAUCGGUAGAUCAAUGGAUCGCUAGAUCGCUAGAUGGAUGGAUCGGUAGAUCGCUAGAUCUCUAGAUGGGGGAAUCGUUAGAUCGGUGGAUCGAUAGAUUGCUAGAUCGGUGGAUGGGUAGAUUGCUAGAUCGGUGGAUCAGUGGAUCGGGGGAUCUGUAGAUCGAUGGAUCGGUAGAUCAAUGGAUCGCUAGAUCUUCGGAUGGGGAUCGUUAGAUCGCUAGAUCUUCGGAUGGGGGAUCGUUAGAUCGGUGGAUCGCUAGAUCGGUAGAUCAGUUGAUCUGUAGAUCGCAAGAUGGGUGGAUCUGUAGAUCUUUAGAUUGGUGGAUCGAUUGAUCGCUAUAUCGGUAAGGGUUAUGUAGAUCGAUGGAUCGGUAGAUCACUAGAUCGGUGGAUCGUUAGAUCGGUGGGCCUGUAGAUCGGCACAUCGCUAGAUCGGGAGAUCUGUAGCUCGAUGGAUUGGUAGAUUGCUAGAUCGGUGGAUCUGUAGAUCGAUGAAUUGCUAGAUCGUUUGAUCAGUGAAUCACUAGAUCUGUAGAUCGCUAGAUUAGUGAAUCGCUAGAUAGGUGCAUUGCUAGAUCGAUGGAUCGGUAGAUUGCUAGAUCGGUGGAUCAGUGGAUCUGUAGAUGGAUGUAUCGGUAGAUCGGUGGAUCGCUAGAUCCAUGGCUCGGUGGAUCGCUAGUUCUUUGGAUCUGUAGAUCGCUAGAUCGGUAUAUCGCUGGAUUGGUGGAUCGUUAGAUCGGUGGAUCUGUAGAUCGAUUUAACUUCAGAUCGCUAGUUGGAUGGAUCUGUAGAUCGAUUGAUCGCUAGAUGGAUGGAUCGGUAAAUCGUUAGAUCUCUGGAUGGGGAGAUCGUUAGAUCGGUGGAUCGAUAGAUCGAUGGAUCGGUAGAUUGCUAGAUCAGUGGAUCAGUGGAUCAGUGGAUCGCUAGAUCGGUGGAUCUGUAGAUCGAUGGAUCGGCAGAUCACUAGAUCGCUAGAUGGAUGAAUCGGUGGAUCGGUUGAUCUGUAGAUCCGUUUAUCGCUUAAUCGGUUAGGGUUAUGGAGAUCAAUAUGAUUGAUCGGUAGAUCACUAGAUCGGCGGAUCGAUAGAUCGGUGGAUCUGUAGAUCGACAGAUCGCUAGAUCGGGGGAUCUGUAGCUCGAUGGAUCGGUAGAUCGCUAAAUAGGUGGAUCGCUGAAUCGCUAGACGGUGGAUCUGCAGAUCGAUGAAUCGGUAGAUUGUUUGAUCAGUAGAUCUGUAGAUCGAUGAAUCGGUAGAUCGUUUGAUGGGUGGAUCAGUGGAUGGGGGGAUUGUUAGAUCAGUGGAUCGGUAGGUCGAUGGAUCGGUAGAUUGCUAAAUCGGUGGAUCAGUAAAUAGAUAGAUCGCUAGAUCGAUGGAUCAGUAGAUUCCUACAUCGGUGGAUCGCUAGAUCAGUGGAUCUGAGAUCGAUGGAUCGGUAAGUCUGUGGAUCUGUAGAUCGAUGGAUUGGCAAAUCAGUAGAUCGAUGGAUCGGCAGAUCGGUAGAUCGCUACAUGGAUGGAUCGGUAGGUGGCUAGAUCGAUGGAUCGGUAGAUCUGUAAAUCUCUAAGUGGGGGAUCGUUAGAUCGGUGGAGCAGUAGAUCGGCAGAUUGCUAGAUCGGUAGAUCGCUAGAUGAGUGGAUGUGUAAAUCGAGGGAUCUGGAGAUCGGUGGAUCUGUAGAUCGAUGGCUCGCCAGAUCGCUAAAUCUGUGGAUCAGGGGAUCGUUAGGUCGGUGGAUCGGUAGAUCACUAGAUUGGUGAAUUGCUAGAUCGGUGGAUCGCUAGAUCGAUGGAUCGCUAGAUCGAUGGAUCGCGAGAUCGAUGGAGCGGAAGAUUGCUAGAUCGGUGGAUCAGUUUUUCUGUAGAUCGAUGGAUCUGUAGAUUAGUGGAUCGCUAGAUCCAUGGAUCGGUAAAUCGAUGGAUCAGUAGAUCGGAGGAUCGCUAGUUCUGUGGAUGCGUAGCUCGCUGGAUUGGUGGAUCGCUAGAUUGGUGGAUCUGUAGAUCGAUGGAUCGGUAGAUCGCUAGAUCGGUGGAUCUUUAGAUCAAUGGAUCGGUAGAUGGGUAGAUCUCUAGAUAGAUGGAUCGGCAGAUCGCUAAAUCGGUGGAUGGGUAGUUCGAUGGAUGGCUAGAUUGAUGGAUCGGUAGAUCGGUACGUCGCUGGAUGGCUGGAUCGUUAGAUCGCUAGAACGGUGGAUCGGUAGAUCGGCUGCUUGAAGACACUCCAAUCUUUUGGGGUGAAGAUGGUGCUCUCAAUCCACUGCUCCUGGAUGUAGUCAGUAAGAUUGCGGAGGGGCUGGGUCUGUGCCUGAACGCUGAGGCGCACGAACAUCGGUCUGAUCUCGUAGUGAGGGAGGAACGGGAGGGCCAUGAGUUUCCUGAUGAACCGGUACGUUGCUUCAUCGUUACUGUAUACAGUUUGGAGGCCAAGCUCUUGCACCUAAAAAAGUUAAAAUUUGUGCCUUUAAGGAAAACGUACGACUAACGAACGGACUGCUAAAGGUUGACGUUUACGUUCUAACAGUUGUAUAUAUUUGUUUCAUAAAAAAGACUCUAACGGUUGACGUUUACGUUCUAACAGUUGUAUAUAUUUGUUUCAUAAAAAAGGUUCUAACGGUUGACGUUUACGUUCUAACAGUUGUAUAUAUUUGUUUCAUAAAAAAGGCUAAAGCUGUGAAAUCACAAUUUGUUUAAUAAACUUUAAUAAUCAGUUUAUUGCCUUUUAUUCACCAUUUUUUUCCGCAGCGAAAAAGAGUGCUUGACAGGAACUAACCUUUCUCCACAGAACUGACAUAUAAGACGUAGGCGAAUCGACUCUAUUCGUAGGCGAACAGACCGUGGGCGAAACGACCCGUAGGCGAAACGACCGGAUACCGGUAGAUCAGUGGAUCGAUAGAUCGCUAGAUCCGUGGAUCUGUAGGUCGAUGGAUUGGUAGAUCGGUGGAUCUGUUGAUCGAUGGAUCGGCAGAUCGCUAGAUCGAUGGAUCGGUAGAUCGCUAGAUUGAUGGAUUGGUAGAUUGCUAGAUCUCUUGAUGGGGAAUUGUUAGAUCGGUGGAUGUUAGAUCGGUUGAUCGCUAAAUCGAUGGAUUGCUAGAUUCAUGGAUUGGUAGAUCACUAGAUCGAUGGAUCGGUGUAUUGCUAGUUCUGUGGAUCUGUAGAUCGAUGGAUCGGCAGAUCGCUAGAUCGGUGGAUUGGUAGAUCGAUGGAUCGGUAGAACGCUAGAUCGGUGGAUCGUUGGAUCGCUUGGUCGGUGGAUGUGUAGAUCGAUGGAUCGGCAGAUCGUUAGAUCGGUGGAUUGGAAGAUCGAUGAAUUGGUAGAUCGGUGGAUCGAUGGAUCGGUAGAACGGUAGAUCGGUGGAUCGUUGGAUCGCUUGGUCGGUGGAUGUGUAGAUCGAUGGAUAGGCAGAUCGUUAGAUCGUUAGAUCGGUGGAUUGGAAGAUCGAUGAAUCGGUAGAUGGAUUGGUGGAUCUGAUCGCUCGGCUCGAAGAUAUUAGCACUUGAGUGCUACACUGUAAAUUCGAGGGUAAAUAAAGUUUAUUGAUUGAUUGAUUGAUCGCUAGUUGGUGGAUCUGUAGAUCGAUGGAUCGGUAGAUCGCUAGAUCUGUGGAUCUGUAGAUCGAUGGAUCAUUUGUAGAUCUGCAGAGCGCUGGAUCGAUGGAUCUGUACAUCUCUGGAUCAGUAGAUCGGUGGAUCUCUAGAGCGAUGGAUGGGUGGAUCGGUAGGGUGGUGGAUCGGUAGAUCGAUGGAUUGGUAGAUCGAUGGUUCGGUAGAUUGCUAGAUCGAUGGAUCGGUAGAUUGCUAGAUCGAUGGAUCGGUAGAUCGUUGGAUCACUAGAUCAUUAGGUCGUUGGAUCGGUAGAUCGGUGAAUCUGUAGAUCCCUGGAUCAUUAAUAGAUCUGUAGAGCGAUGGAUCGGUGAAUUGCUUGAUCAUUGGAUCACUAGAUCGGUAGUUCGGUGGAUCGUUAGAUCGGUGGAUCUGUAGAUGGAUGGAUCUGUAGAUCGGUAGAUUAGUAGAUCGAUGGAUCAGUGGAUCUUUAGAUCCAUGUUUCGGUGGAUCUGUGGAUCAGUAGAUUGGUAGAUCAGUGGAUCGAUAGAUCGCUAGAUCGGUGGAUUUGUAAAUUAAUGGAUAAGUAGAUCUGUAAUUCGGUGGAUCACUAGAUCGGUGGAGCGGUAGAUCAAUGGAAGGACAGAUCGCUAGAUUGGUGGAUCGCUGGAUCGAUGGAUCGGUUGGUUCUGUAGAUCGGCAGAUCACUAGUCCGGCGGAUCGCUGUAUCGGUUAGGGUUAUGUAGAUAGAUGGAUAGGUAGAUCUCUUGAUCAGUGGAUCGGUUUCCAAUAGGUUAGUGAUUCCAGCAGUGGCAAUUGAAAUGGGUGGCAUAGAUGACGUACGGUUAGGGGUAUGGUUGAAAACCCCCUCGCUCUGAUUUUGACAAAGUUGCUUCACACCUUAGGGUACAUGGCUAGUGAACACUCAUUAGAAAUACCUGUUUAACACGGUCGCCUUACCGGCCGCAUUGGUUAUUAAGUUGUUCUGAUGUUUGAGAGGUGGUACCCCCUCGCUGUCAGAUUUGAAGCGCUGAAACAAGCCCCAGAGUUGUUUGUUAGCUCCCAUCGAGUCUUCGUCAUUUGUCGGGGUAAUAAUCUCUUCCACAUACUGCCAGUAUGCGGCACGAAACUUCUUUUGGACUUGAUGCUUAAUGGUCUUUUAGCGAGGAUCCUUUCUUGCGUGUAGCUUAUCUCUUUUCCUCAUGAGGCGUCUCAAUGAGGGGACACAUAUUGUAGGCCAUUUCUUGAGCUCGUAAACCUAUGUGGUAUGAAACGCUUGAUACCAGAGGUCGAUUCCUCUCAAAAACUAGACUACAAUUCAUUUAUUGAUAGGUCACAGUCAGUAGAAUGCACGACAAAGUCUACAUAUUUAGGCAUGUGUUCUUUAAGGCCACCUCAGUCUACUUUUCUAUACAAGGGAACCAUCCUGCGUUUUUGUGUGUUGAUUGUUGCUUUGAUAUUACCAUAAAAAACAGCAUCAUGAUCACUAAUAGCUGGGAUGACGUGAGUUCUUUAUUAUAGGACUGUCGUUUUUAGUUACAAACAAGUCUAAGUCAUUUUUACCCCACGUAAGAUUGGUUAGAUCAGUAGAUCUGUAGGUCAGUAGAUCAGUAAAUCUGUUGGAUAGGUGGAUCGCUUGAUCGGUGGAUCUGUAGAUCGAUGGAUAAGUAAGUCUGUAAAUCGGUGGAUCGCUAGAUCGUUGAAUCUGUAGAUCAAUGGAUUAGUAGAUCUGUAGUUCGGUGGAUCUGUAGUUAGAUGGAUCGGUAGAUCUAUGGAUCUUCAUGUCGGUGGAUCUGUAGAUCACGCAAUAUUAGCGGAGCUCCACGCGCGCGCGUGGAGCUCCGCUAAUAUUGAAAUCGAAGGUUAACGAAAUUUGGGAGUUCUGAUGUAAACAUGAAUUAAUAACUACCUUAGCCUUCACCUAGCCGUGCCCUGCCCUCAUGGAGGGGGAUAAUGCUGUGCCGCUACACAACUACCAACCUACCCCUCCCCAACCUAACCUAACAUUUUGCUCCUUAACCCUUCAAUUCCCUCAGUGAUCAACUUAAUUUCGCCCUAACAAUAUCAAUACAAGAUCAAGAGAAAUGGUUAUGAUAGUCAAUAAAAUGACUACCAAAGGAAAACUGCUUUGAUCUUUUUAUGAAAAUUCUCUCAACUAAUUCUUUAUGGAAAUGUAUAGACAGGGCAGUUUCCAAGAAUCUUAUGCACAUCCAAUCGCAUGUUAAUUAAGAAAAUAAUCUACAAUGCAGUCAAGCGUACUUCUGAUAACCUGGAAAAUAAGUACUACCAUACUCAAUAUUCCCUAAAUGUUUCACAGGUCUCUGAUGUGAUCCAAAGUGACAAGAACAGGUAUGUUCUAAUAAUAAUAAUAAUAAUAAUAAUAAUAAUAAUAAUAAUAAUAAUAAUAAUAAUAAUAAUAAUUAUUAUUAUUAUUAUUAUUAUUAUUAUAAUGAUAAUAACAAUAAUGACGAUGAUGGUGAUGGCGAUGAUGAUGAGCUGUAAAACUUCUGAUUUCAUUUUCUGAAAGAAUGUGUUGAAUUUGAUGACAUUAAUUCCUUUUCCUUUUUACAGUGGCAUCAGUGAUGGUAAGCAAAGAAGUGUGAUACCUGCCCUUGGCAUGGCCUGGUCCAGCAUGGUGACGAUGCGACUUAUGUUAUCACGAACAGAGCAACUAAUACAACCGCUUAAUCAAGCCCUAGAUGGAAGGGUAAUAAAAAAUAUACAUGUUUUAGUUACGCUAUUACGUGAAAUUUUCGCGACAUGUUAAUUUCGCGAAAUUAAAGUAACGUGAACAAUGAGUGUGGCGAACAUAACAUGACGCGAAAAUUAAGCGACUCACGUUAUGUCCAUAAUCAAGGAAGAACGAGUUUAUUACCACAGAAACGUUUACAACUCACACUUUUUACUUUUGUGAUGAAUUUUCUGAGUAAAUGGAUGUUGUGGUCAAUUAACUCAAGAACAAUAAUUCACGUACAAGCAUGAACUGCUUGUGGACAUUGUGAGAACUGCUUGGUUGUUACUGUUGACAUUUAGUCCCGCUGUUCGCGUUAUCUGAAGAUUGACAUUAUUGUUCCUUUGAUAAAGUCGUUUUAUUUAAUUCAGACAUGUUAAAUAACAUUGUCUAUGAAAUGUAAGUUGUUCUACUCAAAAACGCGAAUUUAAAGUGAUUCAAAAUAUAAAAUUGUCCCAAAAUCGCGAAAUUUAAUUGCGCGAAAUAUGCGCACGCGUCGCGAAAAUUUCAUGUAAUAAGGUAGCCUCUUCCUGUCUCUCAGAUAGUCACACAAAGCAAAUUAGCAAAGUGACCUUGGAAGGAGACACAAUGGAACCUUAAUGUAAUAAAAGGCCAAGGGGCUGGUGAAAUGUGUGUGAUAACGAACUUUCAUUGAAUCGAGGUCCUUUUCCAUAUAAUUUAUUUCACUACUAGGUAUACUGGGCAAAGAUUAUUGAUCAUUAAUAAUUAUAUCGAGGCCUUCGUUACACAGGGGAUCAUUAAAUCAAAGUUCCACCGUACUUAGGGAAGAAAGGGCGGAUCAGCAAUUCUAUGGUCAUAAAUGGUCUGAGUUUGUAUCCCCAGGUUGUUGACAGUUGUGGGAGCUUGAGAUUAGUGUUCCUUCUCUUCCCUGCUUCACGAGAAUUUUUUCUGGGUACUCCCCCCCCCUAAAUAAACUCUAAAUUCCAAUUCCAUAACUCGUCAAACAAAUUAUUAAUGCAGCUUAAGGUGUUUUGUACCUGACAUGAAUUUAAAGCAGUUGCCCUUUUUUAAUAAAGCCUAUUCUAGAAGUGAAGAAAUGAAACUGCUGAGAAGGUACAAACUUCUGUAAUACUUUAACAUAUGAAUAUUGAUUUUCAGUCCUUUUUCCUAAAUCUGAUCUGUUAUCUUUUAUUUACAGGACAUUGACCCUGUAAUCAAAAGACGUCUGAGGGUUAUCUUUGCACCGCAUCUUCCAAAUUCCACAUGUUUGUUUUAUGUCAGUGGUGAUGGUGUCCAUGGGUACAAAGAGAACCAUCAGGAAAGGGAAUAAUUCAGGAUAAUUGUAAGAUUCUCCAAUCGGUAGACUGAGAAAGGUCAAGUCAAAGAAACAUUAUCAGUACCAAUUCAAUGACUGUAUUAAAAGAAAUAGUUUACUUUAAGUGCUACAAUAAUAAUAUUUUUACUCAAAAUAUGAGUCUGUUCGUUCUGUUGUCUAGUUCAAUGCAUACAAAAAUUAAACUAAGUUAAGGAGAAAAGUCUUAAGAGGAAUAACUCCAACAUGAUUUAUUCCCACAGUGCAUUAUCAUUACACCCAUGGGAAGAUAUGGAAGCAGAGAGGAUUAGGUCUUUUCUUUACAGUCCUACUUUGAAAUGAAAUGACAAAAAAGCAGUACUUUUGCCUUGAUGCAUUUUAUUGUUCUGAAUUUAUAACAUUCAUUUGAUUGUUUUACUUCAGUCUGUCUUCCAUUGCUACAACAAUAAAGCUGGGCCACUGACUUAAAAUCCUGUUUAAGUUACCUGAUCGUUACUUUUUUCCUGGAAAUUUAAAUUUGCAAUGAGAGCAUGCAUGUUACAUGUAAACGUAAACAGAAAACAAGGACAAGAUAAUGUAGAGACCUGGCCCUGAAGUUGAUCAAAUAAUUACAUGCAUGGCGGGUUUUGAAUUUUGCGUGGUCAAUUUAUUCUCAGGUACUAUUGACCUGCAUUUACUGAAGAUGGAGCCAAAGGGACAAAGAAGUAUUAAUUCAAGUUAAUUGGGUUUAAUUGUGAGGUUGCAGAGCUGAGAGCCUGCGAAUAAUAACUGGAACAAUGAUUAUUAUUAAAGCAAUAUUCACUACACUUCCUUUUAGUAAAAUAAAUUUAUUUGCCAUAACUCAUUUGAUUCCAUUAGUGCCAUUCUGGGCAAAUUGUAAUGAAGAGAGAAUUAACUUAUUCCUAUUUAAUUAUCAAAUUA